AUGGAUAAACUCCCUGUUGAGCUGGUCGGACAUCUCUGUCUGUUUCUGGAACAACCGUCGCUUUGCUCUUUCCGCCUUACCUGUAAAGCAUACGCUCAGAUUGGCGAGGGGCACCUCUUUCACAAUUUCGAAUUUCGACUUAAACCGAACCAUCAUAGAUUACACUCUCUUCAGCUUCUAGCUGCGGAGUCCUCGAUCGCAUCACGACUCCGCUGCAUCUCAUUGGAGUCCGGCGUCCAAUUGGAAUAUGCCGACUAUCGAUACUGGCAGACUCAAGUCUACCAGGACAAGAAGACCGCUUGGGAGCGCAGUGUCGCUGCCGGAGGGGCUUCCAGAGACGAGUACAAGCAGUUCCACGAACGCCUUCAAGCCAUGUUCACCACGGACCUACCUCGUAAAUAUGACUUGUAUCGCUGGCACCUCGAUCAGCAGGCAGCAGCGAUGGCCGAACGGGAUGUUAGGAACAAGCUCAUGCGUAUACUGGCCUCGCUCAAAGAGUCGACUCCAGAGUUGCGGCUGAAGAUGAUAAUGGCCGAACCUCAGAUUCAGCUAGAAGACCUCAAGGCGUUCGAUCCUGAGAAGUUUGCAACUGACAAACCCUACGACCCAGACCCACGUCGCGGGGUUUCGAACCGACGCCAGCAUUGCUUAGAUCACUUUAUCAACUUUCUCGACGCUGCAAACCUCUCUAACCUUGAGGUAGCGGAUCUGACAGCCAUCGACAUGCCUCAUCAAUUGCUCACUGUUGACGGGAUACAUGGCUCGCAAGUGUUGGAAGAGACCUUCCAAGGACUCAAAAAGUUGGAGAUGAGCGUGAGCGCUUUUCCGCACAGCGACUGGCUUACCCGUGGUGGGAAUGGAGAAGUCUAUUACGGUGGUAGAAAUCUUGCUGCGAGAAGACUGAGGAUGCUGUUAAACUGUCCUUCCAGUCUUGAGCAUCUGAGCCUGGAAUUCCCGGUCGGACAACAAUCCGAAUAUUCCCAUGACUUAUUUGACACGACCAAUUUGGAUCGGUUUCCGAGGCUCUGGUUGCCACAUCUGAGGUCACUUGCUCUGCGCCAUUUCAGAUGUAGGUGGGGACAGCUGAAAGCUCUACUUGAUGAAGGAGGGAAUCUGAACUCGUUGAUGCUAAGGGAUUGUCGUCUGGAGACGGGAUCAAUUAUAGACUUGCUCGAGUACCUUCGCAGGAGGCGAUUCCCUAAAGCUGAGCUACUCGGCACUUGGUAUGUUGAUGAGGACUGCGGCCAAUGGCACGCUCACACAGAGAGUGACUUCACCAGCUGUUCGGCUUCAACUUCCUACGAAGGUCCGUAUGCACGAGCAGGAACACGAUCCAGGGUGGAAGGUUUCAUCCAGGGCAAAGGCGAGUGUCCGUUCCCGCGGUGGACGGUAGAAGAUGACCCACCCCGUCUUUGGGAAGAAACAGGGGACACGAGUUGGCAUUUUCUUGCGGGCCAGCCACACCACUGA